CGACUGGCGGAUCGCGAUGUUUUGCGCCCAAGCAGCCCACGCGAUCCGACGUCGGUGCAGGACGAUGACGACGAGCCGCAGCGCAAGUAGCUUGACGCCCUGGAAGCAGCGCCUCCAUGAGGCGAUUGAGGCCAACCGGCACAUUCCCGGCACGCACUACCUGCAGAUGGCGACAGUGGCCCAAGACGGCGCACCCCAAUGCCGGACGGUUGUUUUCCGUGGCUUUGAAGGCGAGACGGGCUUGACCAUGAUCACAGAUGCGCGCAGCGCCAAGGUCGCCCAGCUGACGGCCAACCCUGCGUGCGAGGUUGCUUGGUGGCUGCCGCAGAAUGGCGAACAGUUCCGCAUCGCGGGCGACGUGGAGCUUGUGACGCCCGACGCCGACGCCAAAGGCUUGCGCACGCAGCUGUGGCACAAGCUCCGCGAAAGCAUGCGGCAGCAGUUCUUUUGGCCGGAGCCCAACACACCAUUUACGGACGCGCCCGUGCCGGUGGUAUCAUCAGCGACGCCGCCACCCACGUUUCUUGUGCUCGUGCUGUGGCCCAAGCAGGUCAAGUACCUCCGUCUCCACGACAGCUUUGCCCAAGUCGACACGCUCGAUGUCGCUACAGAUCCCGCGUGGAUGUCCCGUCGCAUCAACCCCUAAGGCUUCUGCACGUUUACCCUCCUAUCCUCCUACACGCUAAAUGAGACAUAACAUUGCGAUGACCAUCUCGUUGCUCUACUC